GGUGGGGCUUGCAAUGCUUUAAAGUCCACACUGUAGUGAAAUGUGUCCCUGGAUCACAGAAGAAUAAUCAGCAGCAGUGUGGGAGCAGUCAUGGAGAUUUCCACAGACUCAAACACGCUGGUAGCCCUGGCAGUGAUAGGAGUAACAGUCUUAUUGUUCCUGAUUAAAACUCUGGGAUCUGGGGCAAAGAAAGCACCAGUCACUCUGCUGGACUCCAAUGCCAAGUACCCACUACCUCUCAUAGAGAAACAGGAAAUCAGCCAUGACACCAAGAAAUUCAGGUUUGGACUCCCCUCUGCAGAGCAUGUCUUGGGGCUCCCUGUAGGUCAGCAUGUUUACCUCUCAGCCAAGAUCAAUGGCAGCCUGGUGGUUCGGGCGUAUACGCCAGUGUCUAGCGAUGACGUCAAAGGCCACGUGGAUCUGAUUGUGAAGGUAUAUUACAAAAACGUAAAUCCUAAAUUCCCUGAUGGAGGCAAAAUGUCCCAGCACCUGGACAGUCUUAAAAUAGGGGAAACGAUUGAUUUCCGGGGUCCAAAUGGGCUUCUUGUCUACAAAGGAAAGGGGAAAUUUGCUGUGAGGCCAGAUAAGAAGUCUGAACCCAAAAUCAAGGUGACCAAACAUGUCGGGAUGCUUGCUGGCGGAACUGGCAUUACACCCAUGUUACAGCUGAUCCGUCAAAUCACCCAGGAUCCCAAUGACAACACGAAAUGCCACCUCAUAUUUGCUAAUCAGACGGAAGACGACAUUUUGCUACGAUAUGAACUGGAAACUGUAGCCAAGAGCCACCCGGAGCAGUUUAAGCUUUGGUACACGCUGGAUCAGCCCCCGCAAGGGUGGAAGUACGGCUCUGGCUUUGUCACCGCAGACAUGAUUAAAGAACAUCUGCCGCCUCCAUCCGAGGAUGUCCUUGUGCUGAUGUGUGGGCCUCCUCCCAUGAUCCAGUUUGCGUGCCAAGAUAACCUGAGCAAGCUUGGCUACCCUGAGGCCACAAGGUUUGCUUACUAGUGUGGAAAUGAAUGCAAAGCCGACUGUGCCAGGGGAUACUGCCAAGCUGAUGUUUUACAAUCAAUGCCAUGGACAAACUUCAAUAUCAGAACAGCUGGGGUAUCCCAUAACAUUCCGAUGCUCAGGUUCUGCCACCUGUCCCAGUGGUACCACCAGGGCUGUGCCAAGACCAUUCCUGUUCAGUUUUGCUGCCUUUAAAUCUGCUGGGAACUUCUUAUUUCUGUCCAAGUCUCACAUAACUCAGUGAGUCUUUUUAUUAUCUCACCAGAAUCCAGAUGCACAGAGCAUGCUGGGAUUAUUUUAACCCAUUCCUUGGAUCUGAUGUCUGUUUCAUAUCAAGAACUCUUGAUGUGGAUUAUGAUUAAAUGGAGAGAUGCAGAAUCUGCAAAUGUUUAAUAAAUAUGUUUUACUUAC